AUGACAUCGCGAAUGUCGUCGCAAAUGACUUCGCAAGCACAGCAUCCCUCAAUCCGCGCGCCAGCCGCCGCUUUGCACAUCGACCUUCCCCUGAGUCCCCGUUCCCCGUCGUCCCGCCGCCGUUCCGCCCCCCGUCGGUCCCCUCUUGCGCCUCCGCAAGCCGCCCAGCCUUCCCUGUCGGACCCCGCGGAAGCUCCCGCGGAGGUUUUUGAGCGCUUCCCGCAGCCCACCGCUCCGCCAUUGCGCUCCCCCGCCACGCCCGCGCUCGUAAAACCUUCCGCUUUUGGUCCGCCCGCCGCCGAUACGCACCCAAAUAGCCCCGGCCCACGACCUUCCCCCCGUCCCCCCUUUCCCCGCGUUUUUUCCCCUCGCCCCGCACCAUCCCCCGCCUCCCCCGAGAAGCUCUCCCCCAGCGCGCAACCUUCCGUCAGCGCGCCUUCCGCCACUGCGCACUCCCCCGAUUUUUCCUCCGCGCGCGCGCAGUUUCCCGCUUCCCCAGACGCGCCUUCCCCCGGCGGCAGUCACAGUCAGGCGGGCGUUUUCCCGGGCAGCAGCACGAGCCAAUCGACAGGUGCCACGUGGCGGCCCGCGCAGGUGCGCGCGCAUCCAAGCAGGAACGCGAAGAGCGCAUUCCGACAGUCGCAGUUGAGAAGCGGCGACGCGCAGCCGCCUUUUACGGCGCCAGAUGCGGCGGAAGAAGCGGGGAAGGGAGAAAGCGCUAGAAAGAAAACCGGGAUAAGGGGACUGAAACAGGGAGAAGAGGGGGAGGCGGCAGAUAAAGCGGCUACGAGGGCGCCGUCAGCAGAUGAUAAAGCAGGGGAAUUCAGGAUUGGAGGACGAAUGGAAAACGGGGGAGGAGGGGUAAGAGAUCGCUCAUCGCAUGCGAUGGUGGAUUUAACUCAGAGCAAAGGUUGGGAGCAGUUGAGUCGAGGCACAGGCGAUGGUGGUGGCUCUGGGCUGUGGGUGUGUGAGCCGUCGGCAGAUGAUAUGGAUCGUGCAGCAGCGGACGGUGCGGAUCGUGCGGCGGCCGGUGCAGAUCGGGCCGUGGACGGAAGGAACGAGCAGCAGCACGGCUCAUGCAGAGUGCCGGACGUGCAAUCGCCGGCCGGCAGAAGAGUGGGCGGCAGCAGGAAAGCGGGCGGCGGGAAGGCGGGCGGCAGACGUCGGAUGACAGUGAGUGUGGUGAAGGAGGGGAGGAGGAAGAAGAAAGGGAGGAGGAAAGGGGAGGAGGAAGAGGCCAAGGGGAAGGGUGAGGGUGACAUAAAGUGUAGCGCAGGGACAGGUGGUUGUAUGGAGGAAUCUUGCAACGCGGAUUUGGUGUGCAGAGAGCAGGAGGAGCAGGAGGGGAAGGAGGGGAGGGAGGAGAGGGAACGGAAGGAGGGGAAGGAGGGGGAGGAGGGGGAGGAGCGGUAUUCCCCCCUCCCUGCGCGCGAUUCCCCCUUCCGCCCCUGCCAGAAGCAAAGCUUCCAGUGGCAGAACGAGCUGCUGCCACGUCAGCUCUCGCCACGUCAGCACGACGUCCCAGGGUGUGACGUGGCACACAGACAGUGGGGAGGGGAAGAGGAGGAAGAAGGGGAGGGGGAAAGAGGAGAGAGGGGGGAGGAGGAAGAGGAGGAGGAGGAGGAGGAGGAGGAGGAGGAGGAGGAGGAGGAGGAGGAGGAGGAGGAGGAGGAGGAGGAGGAGGAGGAGGAAGAGGAGGAAGAAGAGGAGGAAUGUGAGGGGUGGGAUGAUGGACUUAGCAUGGUGGUUCAGAUUACCUCAACACCUGGUCAAUAUGGUGCUGGUAACCGCGUUUGUAACCAGUAUGGUUAUGUUGCUGAUGGUGGUGGGGCUUAUGAUUGGGAGGAGGAUGAAAAGGGGGAGCAGUGGCAACGGGAGAAAGAGGGGACAGGAGAAGCAGGGGCGAAGAGAGUGGAGGAAGCAGCAGAGGAGGAGGAGGAGGAGGAGGAGGAGGAGGAGGAGGAGGAGGAGGAGGAGGAGGAGGAGGAGGAGGAGGAGGAGGAGGAGGAGGAGGAGGAGGAAGGGGGGGAAGUGGGGAUUGGAGAAGAGGAGGAGCCUAGUGGUGAAAAAAAUGGGGAGGACGCGAAUGCACGUACUGUCUCUGAGGAGGGUGGGGAGGAGGUCGGGAGAGAGGGUGGGAGAGAGGGUGGGAGAGAGGUGAAAGGAGGGGGGAGAGAGGAGAGGAGAGUGGAGGAGAGGAGGGAUGAGGGGAGGAGGGAGGCGAGGGAGGAGGAAGUGGGGAGGAAGGUGGAGAGGACAGGAGAUGCAGAAGGUGUAAGUGUGGGGGGUGAGGAGAAGGAAAGAGGGAGGACGUCCGACCAGGAGGAAGGAAAAUGGGGGAAGGUAGAGGAAGACGAAGCAUCAGAGGGGGGCAGUGGUCUUGCAGACGUGGCUGUUGGCUGUCGUGAUUUGGGCGGCAGCAGCUUGGGUGGAAGUAAUUUGGCUGGAAGUGAGUCGGGCGGCAGUGAGAUGGGCGGCAGUGAGAUGGGCGGCAGUGAGAUGGGCGGCAGUGAGAUGGGCGGCAGUGAGAUGAGUUGCACUGAUGGGAGGGGUGGGUGGCUGCGUGGAGCGCAGGUGCUCGCUCGAGCGGAGAGCUUAAGAGUGAUGCUUAGAGGUGAAAGGCCUGGUUCUGCUACUGCUGGAAAUAAGAGCAGGGCAAAUCAGCUUGGACGAGCGGAGAGCUUAAGAGUGACAGUUAAAAGUGCAAGGCCUGCUACUGCUGGGGUGGUGGAGAGGAGGACGGUUGAUACUGGGAUGAAAAGGUGUGGACGAGGGAGGGGAGAGGAGGCGGAGAGAAUGGGGGGAAGUGGGGGAGGAUAUGGAAGGGGGAGAGGAGGAAGAGGAGAUGGUAGAGGGAGAGGAGGAGAGAGGGAAGUGGAGGGGGGUAGAGGGAGAGGAGGAGAGAGGGAAGUGGAGGGGGGUAGAGGGAGAGGAGGGAGGGGUGGUUGGUGUGAGAGGAGGCGAAUGGCCCGUGCUUUGAGCAUGCCUGUGGAAAGGGGAGGUGGUAGAGGGGGGGAGGGGAGAGAAGAGGGGGGAAGUGGGCGCAGGCAAGAGGAAAGAGGGGAGGGGGGAAGUCCGAGAAGGGAAGAGGGAAGGGGGGGACGGGGUGAGGGAAUGAGUGGGAGUAGAGAGGAGAGGAUGGAACAGCAAGGGAUGGAGGGAAGAGAGGGAGGGAAUGGGCGUAGACUACGGGAGGAGGAUUCCGGAGGAAGGGGAAUGGGGAGGCGAAGUGAUGGGGGCAGGGGCAGAAUUGUGGGGAGAUGGAGAGGCGACGGGAGGGGAGGAGGUGAGGGUAGGGAAGGAAGGAGGGAAGGAGUUGGGAGGGGAGGGAGAGGAGGGAGAGGAGGGAGGGGAGGGAGAGGAGGGAGGGGAGGGAGGGGAGAGGGAGAAACGAGGGGAGGGAGGGGAGGAAUGAGGGAAGGGGGGCAGGAGCGGGGCCUUCGACGUUCCCAUACAGCGGAUGUGGUGAGAGGGAGACAAUGGUGCAGGGAGAAAGAGGGGAGAGGGGAAGUAGGUGCAUGUGUCAGAAGGGCAUCUCUUACAGACCUGAACAGUGGAAGCGAAGGCACCUGCUAUGAUUUAGUUAUGGGGGAAGAGGGAGAGUGGUUGAAGGGAGAGUGGGAAGAGGAGGAGGAGUGCUUGAAGGGAGAGUGGGAAGAGGAAGGAGAGUGGGAAGACGAGGAAGAGUGGUUGAAGGGAGAGUGGGAAGAGGAGGGAGAAUGGGAGGAGGAGGAAGAGCGGUUGAAGGGAGAGUGGUCAGGAGAGGAAUGGGGAGAGAGAGCGGGUGUUAUAGGGAUUGAUGGCGCAACAGUCAAACUCAAACAGCCUAUGGCCGAUGCUUCCACGUCUACUCCCAACGCUCCUCCCCCUGCUCCUCCCCCUGCUCCUCCCCCUGCUCCUCCCCCUGCUCCUUCCUUUGUUCCUUCCCCUGCUCCUCUCCCUUCUCCUCCCAGUUUCCCCCCUAAUGCAUCAUCUCCGCAUGGCUACACUCCCGGUCCCCAAGACUCUGCUCCCCGCAUGGCCAAACAAACUCUACUGCCCAGCACUCCCAAUGCUACUCCCCCCGCUCUUCGCCCUGCUCCCCGUGCCUCCCGGCCUGCUCCCCUUGCCACUGCUUCCCCUGCUGACCGGCCUGCUCCCCUUGCCGCUGCACCUCCAUCCACCUGUCUACCAGGGGAUGACCCCUCUCCAUCCCGGCACCCUUUGGAUUCGACUCAAAAAUCGGCUCCCCCUUUCCUUCGCCCGGCUGCUCCCCUUGCCACUGCUCUUCCGUCCACCCGUCUGCCUGGGGAUGACCCCUCUCCAUCCCUGCAACCCCGCCCCCGGGUUCUCCGGAAAGUGGCAUCUCUGGGUGCGGCGCAGAGGGUUUCGGAUGACUCGGGUGCGGUGCACAGGGUUUCGGAUGGUUUGGAUGCCUACCGGUUUGGUGACCUGUAUGCUGCGCCUGCUGCACUGUACACACCUGCUUCUGUUCCAACCACUUCUGCUGCUUCUGCUGCUUCUCCUGCAGUGCAUGUGCCUGCCACUGAUUCUGCUACCACCAGCAAGGCUACCAGCAGCAGCAGCAGGCGAAUUGCGGUUACCACCGGCACCCUUGAUGUUACUGGCGUUGACAACAGCCUGGUUGUGAGAGCCCUUGCCUCGCCUCGACUGCGCUCUGCCUCAAAUACCAGCGAUUCUGCCAGCAGUGUUAGCACCAGCAAUGCGACUACCAGCAUUAAUGCUACCAGCCGCAAUGCUACCAGCAGCAGCAGGCGAAUCGAUGUCACCGGCACCCUUGAUGUUGCCGGCGUUCGCAACAGCCUGGUUGUGAGAGCCCUGGCCUCGCCCCGAGUGCGCUCUGCUUCUGUUGCCAGCAAUGCUACCAGCAAUGUUAGCACCAGCAAUUCUACAGGCAGCAAUGCUACCAGCAGCAACAUCAGCAGCAUUCGUAACAGCCUGGUUGUGAGAGCCCUCGCCUCGCCUCGAGUGCGGUCGGCUGUUGCCCGUUCCGCAAAGCAGUGGGAGCAUGAUGAACAGUACCAGAGCCCUCAUGAACAGUACCAAUCCAGUAAUCAUAAACAGCAUCGGGUUUGUCUUGAGCCAUGGGCAGAGGUGAACAGCCCCCGCCUGCCCAGCCUUCUGGAGCUAGAGGGGGAGGGAGAUGACGGGGAGAGGGUGAGAGGAGGCAAGAGGACAGGGGAUAGGGUGAGAGGGGGCAAAGGGGCAGGGGAGGGUGUGAAAGGGGGAAAGGAGGCAACGGAGAAGGCGUAUUGGAAGGAGUGGGAGCGCCAGCAGCAGCAGCAGCCGCAGCAGUCGCUCCGGUUGAAGCCACAUAGCAGCUUCAAUGCCCGUCAGACCCUCGCCUCACCUUCUUCCCUUCCCUCCCUUCCCUCUCUUCCCUCCCUUCCCUCCAAACCUGCUGCAUUCCCGAAUGACUCUCACUUGUCUGAAACCCAUCCACAUGGAACCAUCUCCACCGCUCUCCACACCUCUCCUGGUCCCAGUUUCCCCAAGUCUUCCUCAAAUCCCACCUUCCGAGUUGUUUCCGAGCCACUCCCGGGCCUCCAGCACAGCAUGGUACGGGCUGCCUCGCAGCCUGUUCCCAAGGCUUGCCCCGGACCUAUUGCCGAGCCUGGGCACAAGCGGCGGGUAUCCUUCAACUCGAUGGUGCAGGUUCGGACGAUCACCGAACUUAGCAGCAGCAAUGGCAAACAGGGGGAGCGUAAGAGUUCGGAUGCUAUGGUGUGUAGGGAUGCAGUGGUCAUUGGGGCAGAAGCGGCAGCGAAUGGGAAUGGAGCAGCACAAGCAAGAAUGGCAGAAGUAGCUGUGGGACUAGGAGAAUGA